GCAUGCGCUGUUCUCCCUCUGUCCCGCCCCUCCCUUCUAGAGCCCCCGGUUCCUUAGAAACCAGGCGGCGUGUUCACGGUGUCGGGACGCUAGAUUACGGUGGCUGCUCAAGCCCGCUAGUCUCCUUUAAGGCGGACGGGUGGCCUCCGAAACCCGUCCCGACCCAUGGUCUCCGGUGCGGCGCGGAGCGGGCAAUGCCAGCGUGCCAGGAGCCAUGCUUGACCAGGACGGUGGGAAGAUCAGCUCCAUGCUGGAGGCCCUUGUGAGGAGAUGAGGCAGUGAGCAGAGGCUGGGAUGAAGAUGCUGCCGGGAGUGGGUGUGUUUGGGACUGGCAGCUCAGCCCGGGUCCUGGUCCCACUACUAAGAGCAGAAGGGUUCACUGUGGAGGCCCUGUGGGGGAAGACAGAGGAGGAGGCGAAGCAGCUUGCGGAGGAGAUGGACAUCACCUUCUAUACUAGCCGCACUGAUGACGUCUUGCUGCAUCAGGACGUGGAUCUGGUGUGCAUCAACAUCCCCCCUCCGCUUACUCGACAGAUAUCUGUAAAAGCUCUAGGUAUUGGGAAGAAUGUGGUCUGUGAGAAGGCAGCAACAUCGGUGGAUGCCUUCCGGAUGGUGACAGCUUCACGCUACUACCCACAGCUGAUGAGCCUGGUGGGGAAUGUGCUGCGCUUCCUGCCUGCCUUCGUGCGCAUGAAGCAGCUGAUUGCAGAGCAUUAUGUAGGCGCAGUGAUGAUCUGUGAUGCCCGCAUCUACUCAGGCAGCCUGCUCAGCCCCAGCUAUGGCUGGAUCUGUGAUGAGCUCAUGGGUGGCGGGGGCCUGCAUACCAUGGGCACCUACAUCGUGGACCUGCUGACCCACUUGACUGGCAGGAGAGCUGAGAAGGUCCAUGGGCUGCUCAAGACCUUCGUGAGGCAGAAUGCUGCCAUCCGAGGCAUCCGGCAUGUCACCAGCGAUGACUUCUGUUUCUUCCAAAUGCUCAUGGGUGGAGGAGUAUGCAGCACAGUGACACUUAACUUCAACAUGCCUGGUGCCUUUGUGCAUGAAGUCAUGGUUGUGGGCUCUUCAGGGCGCCUUGUCGCCCGGGGAGCUGACCUCUAUGGGCAAAAGAAUUCUGCCACACAAGAGGAGCUGCUAGUGAGAGACUCACUGGCCAUGGGCUCAGGGCUGCCCGAACAGAGGCCCCAGGAUGUCCCGCUGCUCUACCUGAAGGGCAUGGUCUACAUGGUGCAGGCCUUGCGCCAGUCCUUCCAGGGGCAGGGGGACCGCCGCACCUGGGAUCGCACCCCUGUCUCCAUGGCUGCCUCAUUCGAGGAUGGGCUCUACAUGCAGAGUGUGGUGGAUGCCAUCAAGAGGUCAAGCCGAUCAGGGGAGUGGGAGACCGUAGAGAUUCUGACAGAGGAGCCUGAUGCCAACCAGAACCUGUGUGAAGCACUUCAGCGGAAUAACCUAUAAGCCUGCAGAUGGGCUCCCGGCCACAGGGAUCAGGGAGGGAGCAGUGAUGGAGGUGUAGCUGGCCAUGGCAGAGACAGUGUCAUGCAUUUAAUAAAUCAGCUUGUACUAGUGCAGAGAGAAAAUUGAAAGUGGCCCAGGGAAAUCUCCCCUUCCAUCCAUUCAUUUACUCCUUAGACUUUCAGGACGGUGAGCACACCUACUACCAUAGCCCAGGCUAGCAUUAUGUGUAGGGCGGAGCUGCUGCCCUGCCUCUUCAUGGCUCUGCUAGUGAACAGGACCAGUGAAAGCCCAACUUGGGGGUUCUUCAGCCUGACUUGUGAUCUGAUAGGAUGAAAAAGCCCAGCAAAGAGCCAUGUGGGCUGAGGUCUGAGGAGAAAUGACAAGAAGCCUGGUUAUUUUCAUGCCCUUCUUGAGGGCCUGGGGCAUCUCAGGAGUGGUGAGACAAGUCAUCCCUCAGGGAUCUUCAACUGUCCUCCCAUGUGACAGUACCAGGCUGACCUUCAGGGAGGAGGGGUUUCGGUAUUUAGUGAGCUCUUGGGGGCUGUUAAUAUAAGGCAGAGGGCCCCUGACUUGGCAAAGAGGAGACAAGGAGAGCCAUAAAACAUCUGAUAAAUGUCACUAUAAAUCAGAAAAUGUGACAUCUUGGCAUGUGUUUUAUUUGGUGAUUGGGUUUCUUUAAUAGUGAAAGGCUUGUUUAUUGCUGUAGAUUUUAUCUUUCCUUACAAAUGCACAGCAGCUCUGAGCCUACUAUGGAUCCAACACCAUCUGUUGGGUCACAUAGUCUCCUGGCAUUCCCUGCCCCUCAUCUUCAGCAUGGCCAAGCCCCAGGAGUCCUCCAAAGAAAUGUUUGCUCCGAGGGCAGGACAUGAUGUUUCUUGAUGAGAUGCUGUUGGGCCUGCCAUUUCAGGCAGGUAGGUGAGAACCUAGGGCCUCCUGGGCUGGACAUCAGGAGGGUUCUGUUCUUGAAAACAUGGUGUGGCAGGGCUGGGGAUUUAGCUCAGUGGUUCUGGUGCCUGCCUCGAAAGUGCAGGGUCCUGAGUUCGAUCCCCAGUACCAAAAAACAACAACAACAAAAACAUGAAAACAUGGUGUGGCUCCAGGAGGGCCCUGGCAAGGGAACAAGUUUGAGGACAAAAGACUCACUGCCCCUUGGCACAAAUUUGACUGGGCUCUGCCUGACCCAGCUAGACAGUCACCAGCCAUGCUUAUUAACUGUCCCAGAUAGGCACAACACAGCCUUUUAGCUACCUCAGUCAGAGGUGGGUGAGGUGUUGAGAAAGGACACAUCUGCCCCUUUGUUUCCUUUGCCAGCUGCUGGAUUGUGAAGCCUGGACAAACUGUCCUUUUCUAGCCUUCCUCCCUCUUCCUGCCCUGAGCUCCUGGCCAGAAAAGCUCAGGGAGAGCUUCCUCUUCCUCUUGGCAGCCCUUAUAGAGGUCACCAGGCUUGUUUUCCUGCACUGUCCUGUUUUCAUGCCUUAUCCAUAUGAACAUAAAAUACGGGCUAGUGUUGGAGUUUACUUACAGCAUUCUGGGUCCCUAGGUAAACACUUUAAGCAUAUUAUUUAAUCUCCAAACCACUCUAGUGAGGUACUAUUAAUAGGCUCAUUAUUCAGAUCAGAAAACAGGCGUGGGGGCGGGGCACAGUUACCUCUCGUGGGUUGUAAUUGAUGGGAUCCAGGAGCUUGGUCAGAACCAUCUGACUGCAGCAUCUGACUGAGACCUGUGCUUGAUCCCAGCACUCAGAAAUCUCCCAGGUACCUAGGCACUGCCCCUCUUGCAGCUGGGAGGGGAACUCAGAGAGCCUAUUCUCAGGCUGGACUUUGGCAGUUAAAGGAGGGUUAUCUCUUGUUCCUGGAUUGCUCAGCUCUGCUCAGCUUCAGAUCAGACUGUUUCGAGGAUCCCAAAGUCUUCUUAAUUUGGGAAUUGACCAUGAAAAUACAAGAUGCUCCUACAUAAGAAAGGGCAAUAUUGCUGAUCCAGAGUGGCUAAAGUUAGGUUUUGGGCCCUGAAAGCCCAAGGUCCUGAGUUCAAUCUCCGGUACCAAAAAAUAAAGUUAGGUUUUGGAGGACUCUUGUUUACAGAGACUGAUUCUCCAAGUGCUGGAGCACAUUGCGGUGGGCCUAGUGCAGACCUACUUUUAGGUCCUCUGAGCACAUCUCCCAGAGCCUAGGUUCAUCCCCCACAACCCCCUGAGAUCUUUCCCAUUCUGUAUCUCACGGGCAUCAGUGCCUGUUGGUCCCAGUUUGGGAAUGGGGAGGAGAGUUGGGCCCUGAAAUGGACCAGAUGCUUGUGACCCAGGGAGCCUGUGGUAAUUUAAGCCCAAAAUUGGUUCCUGGCUUGUCAUGCAGCGCCCCCUCCUGGAGAAUGACAGCAUCUUCCAGGACCUGUCUCCAAAUCUCAAGAUGCUAACUGCACUUCCUCAGAUCAUAGUAGUUUUGGGGGCCGGGGAUUUAGCUCAGUGGUUUCACCGCCUGCUGCGCAAGCACAAGGACCCAAGUUUGAUCACCAGUACCAAUAAAUAAAUAAAUAAAGAUCAUAGUAGUUUUUCUAGCCAG